AUGGAGCAAUUUGACGGUGACGCUCCACGCAACCAUUUGGAAGCAGAGUCUCGCGACGAGAAGAAGACGCACCGCAAGGAGAAACCGUGGGAUAGUGAAGAUAUUGACCACUGGAAAAUUGAACCAUGGCAGGACGAGGUGUAUGAUGAGAAGAAUACUGAAAAGAAGAUUAAAAUGCCAGGUCUGUUGGAGGAGAGUUCAUUUGCCACGCUGUUUCCUAAGUACCGUGAGAAAUACUUACGUGAGGUGUGGCCUAUCGUCACUAAGGCACUUGAUGCUCAUAAGAUCUCAUGUGAGCUUAAUCUGGUCGAAGGUAGCAUGACAGUGCGCACGACGCGCAAAACUACGGACCCAUAUAUUGUACUUAAGGCGCGCGACCUAAUAAAGUUACUGGCACGCAGUAUACCUGUGAAUCAGGCCGUGAAGAUCAUGGAUGAUGACGUUCAGUGCGAUAUUAUCAAGAUUGGAGGCCUUGUACGCAACAAAGAACGCUUUGUGAAGCGUCGCCAGCGUCUCGUGGGUCCUGAUGGAGCCACGCUUAAGGCCAUUGAACUUCUCACUGACUGUUACGUGCUUGUACAAGGUAAUACAGUCUCAGCUAUGGGUAGCUACCAUGGUCUCCGCAGUGUCCGCAAGAUUGUUGAGGACUGUUUUGCAAACGUGCACCCGAUUUACAACGUGAAGCGUCUUAUGAUUAAGCGUGAGUUGGCGAAGGAUCCCAAGCUUAAAGAUGAGAAUUGGGAGCGCUUUUUGCCGUCGUUUAAGAAGCAGAAUGUGCAGACAAAGAAGCCCAAGAAGGUACGUGAGAAGAGAGAGUACACGCCGUUCCCGCCAGCGCCUACGGCCAGCAAGAUGGACAAGGAGAUUGAGAGUGGCGAUGAGAAGGAGACUACCCAGAAGCGGAAAAAACAAAAGGCUGAGGCUCAGAAGGAGAUCAAACAUGCCACUUCCGUCCAGGCUCUAAAGCAAAAGUUUCUCGCUCAAAGUAGUGCAAAGAAGACAUCAGACUCGAAAGCUGCGUCUUCUGUGAACGAUUACUUAGCCAUCCCCGCCAAGAAAAAAAUGAAAAAAGUCGGCACGUAA